ACCAGCGGCGGAGAGAGAGAGAGAGAGAGAGAAAAAGGGGGAAAAAUAGGGCGAACCAGAUCGAGGGGGAAAAAGCAAAGGAAGAAAGCGAAGGAGGUAAAAGAGGAACGGUGAGAUAUACGAGGUCAUAAUGCGCGGGGAAGUGGGUCAAGAGUUCACAGGCCGGAUAAUUAAAUUCCUCGCCGAAGAAAGCGUUUUCCCUCUCGUUUAGUUGGUACCAUCGCCGGCGAGGAUGGGAACCGGACACUGGACGACCUGCGGCUGUGUUGCCAGACCAACCGUAAUGGACUUCCUCCUCUAAACGCCUUCAAAUCCUUCUCCGUGCCGAAGAGCGAGGGGACUGGAACUUUGUGAAUAAUAUGAUUUUCGACAUCGGCCAUUAAGGCCGCUAGAGAGCUGGGUCCCAGGACCUUAAUCUGUGGCGUAUAACAAGCCGGUUAACGAACGCUGAUUACGCUUCAUUUUGAAGACGUGCGAUGCGCGUUCAGGAUAGGGUCCUUGUCAGAUGGACCCCGACUGUUAAAUCACGGAGCUGUUUAGGAUCCGAGCAAAAGGUACAAAGAGAAAAAUUAACGUCCAUUCACGACUCAUAUUCGACGAAUAUAAGCGAGCAUGUAUAAUCUUAUGCCCAGCUCGCUCUUAUACACAUACAAUACACGAAGAAAGUGACUUUUGGAUAACAGAAGCGUAAGGUUUUCGGUUAGAUUAUAUAAAACUUCGUCAUAGAAGCGGGUUCUAUCAUCACGUAAGAUUCUAUAUUCCCGCUUACAAAUGAGAAUACGAAUCUUGAAUGGAACAUCGAAUACUAAUUCUUCCCCCCUCCCCCCGUGUGCGAUCGUAGUACAUCGGCGUUUCUAGCUCGCCCAUCGAUAUAAUCAUUGAACCCCCGCGCGAAGAAAGAGAAACGUUACUCUCGCGCGGAUACGAGCGACGUUGCGAAACGCGAUUUAUUACAAGCGGCGUGUGUCCGAGAUGAAAAAUCGCUCCCGAAUGAUGGUAGCCGCGAGCGUCGAAAAAGUUGGUUAACACAAGGCGCAAAGGCAGGCGCGAAAACUCCUCCGGGGCAGGUGUCGAUGCACCGGGGAAUACUUUUUAGAGCGGCAACGCCGCGUGUGUUGGUGCGUGCAAGACGCGCUCGUCGCCGAUGAUUACGUCGAUUCGAACGCACGGAAGCUUCGCCGCCGUGGAUGAUACAAUGAUGGCGUAGCACGUACUUUUCUUCCUGAUCGGCCCGACUCUCCUUUUACAAGCAAGAGUUCGUGACUCCGCGCCAGCCGAUCGCCCGGGACUCACCUACCGCACACGCGACGCGGAUUAUUGAUUUAUUCCCCGCCAAUUUUCCCGGUCGGAAUCUCGGCGAGCCGACGGUCGUGGUAAUUUGUUCGUUGAUGCGGAACAUUUCUCGAUCGAAGGAUCGACGGAUCCUUGGGAUCUCUCCCCGAGAUACUUGGCACUCGCGAGUGUGCGAGAGAAGUAAUCUCGGCAGCUCCUCGUCAUCGGAUAGAGCUAACUGUCACCCAAGCUCGUGGUAGUUCCACGUGCGCUUAAUUAAAUAUCAAUUAAGCGGCCGAAGAUAUUCAUCGGUAGAACCGGGUCAAGUCGUUGAUCGACGAAUCCGCACGGACUAUUUAUUCUCACUUGAGAUAUCCGCGGAGGAAUGCAUGGAUCGUUUCUGACGCAACGCCGAUGAAGUACAGUUGAGCGACAAUGAGCGACGUUGAAAUAGCGAUAAACGGGCGAGAAGAGAAAGAAAUGCAUCGAAAUGCGAAACGAGACAUCGGCUUAGUGAGAUUUUCGCCUGGGAAAUGUAAAUGUUCUCCCUCGGCUCGCGGAAAAGUCUAAAAGUCGCGCGAAGACAAUGGAAUCCUCGCUUCCUUCAGCGUCGAUGCCGAAUCGAGAGUGACGCGCUCGUUGGCCGCGCGAUCCCGCGAGAGCAACUCUUGAAAUUACUACCGACUUUCUUUCAAGUGACCUAUUCGGGCUACAAAAGUCCCGUCCGAACUGUUGUCAUGUCCUGCGUACGAGAUGGCCGAGACUUGCUAUAUUCAACGUAUUGAGUUUAUCAACAAACAAUUCCGACGUGAACGAAAUCUGAAUAUUUCUAUCUCUAUGCGUCUCUUGAAUAACGUGUUUCAAGUAGCAAUCAAAUGUGCGAGUACUUGCACAAAUCACAAGAUCGAUCUGUCGAUUGCUCCACGACUAAAGCUCGCAAUUCGUUAACGACAUUGCUACUUAUCUACCACGAACAUAAAAUUUCAACGGCGCGUUGAAGUCGCCAAGAGAUCCUCGAGCGCCGCCCAAUAAUCCUCCGUAACGAUUGAACAAUAAUCGUGACUAUCAAAUUCUAUCUCCUUCCUGAGAAACACCAACUCCGUCCAUACCUGUGUACGCCUCUAAUCGUAAAAAAGAAAAAAAAAAACUCACGUGGAGAUUAACAUAUAGCAGGUGGCCGAGGUAAAUUCUGUCGCGGGGGCCAUAGGGUUACGGCGAAAUAUCCGACUGACGAAGUCUAGGUCUAGGACGCAGGCAGAUAUUCGCUGACUAUCGAGAGAGACCGCGUUUCGCAAGAUCUGAACGUCCAAAUCCCGAGUACGACGGCGAUCCUCUCUCGGCGAGCGGGACGACUGGAUGGCGGCACUUGGCGGAGAAAGAGAGAAGCACGAGGACGCCCGGAGGGAGGGGGGCGAGGAGGGAGAGAAUCGUCUCACAAGUGAAUUACUCUCACUCGAGAAGCCCCCGUCUCUUCUUCUUCGUGGGGGUACCUUACGCACGUCCCCCUGCUUCUCCGGGGAGUAUAAAUGACUCCGGUCUACCUUCCACGGAGUCACAGAACUGAGCGGCAUCGCAGAAGCCGACAUGAAUCCUUUGAUCGCGUGUUUGAUCAUCGGUCUGGCAGGGCUCGCCCUGGCCGAGCCGCCUGUGUCCGGCUACAGCUACAGCAGGCCGACCGGCGGAGGCAGCAGUUACUCCUUCGGCGGCGGCGGCGGCGGCUUCGGCAUCGGCGGCGGCGGCGGCUACACCCAAGUGUCCACCGGCUACCAGACCAGCGAGGGCGCCUCCGUGGACGGGGCUCUGCUCGAGCAGAUCCGGCAGAUCCUGCUGAAGGAGGAGCUCCAGUCUCAACAGAGCGGCGGCUUCGGCAUAGGCGGUGGAUACGCGCCGAGCUCGAGCUACGGCGCCCCGAGCACGUCGUACGGCGCCCCGAGCACGUCCUACGGCGUGCCGGGCUACCACACCCGCGUCGUAGGCAUCGACCUCGAGGGCAUCAGGCAGGCCAUCCAGGUGGCCCAGUUCAACCAGGUGACCCACGGCCACGGAGGCUACCCCAGUGGACCCAGCACCAGCUACGGAACGCCCAGCAGGCCGCCGUCCGGUAGCUACGGUGCACCGUACUAAGGAGUCAUCUCGGUUUGAAUGAUGAUGAGAGAGAGAGGGAGAGGAAGGGAGAGAGAGAAUGCGUAGUAAGAGAGAAAGAAAGAGAUAGAUUGAGAAGGAGAGUUGAAGUAGAAACGGGAGGAGUCGAUAAAUGGCACCGGCCGGCGACAACGGCUAUCUUCCGAGGCGAAGGAAGCGCAGAAGGACGAGCCGAGGAGACAUCGGAGAUAUCUAUACACACCUGCACGAAAUCGUGACUACCUGCUAACCACACACCUCGGGGUUUCUCUCUCUCGAAGUGACGCAACGUUUCUCCGACGUAGCUCGGAAGGUCGUCGGUGUCGGGGUCAGAUCGCGAGGAUCAAGAUUCGAGGACCGUCCGAGUUGAGCGCGCCCCCCGGGCCAGGAGACGGGAAAGCGCGAGAUCCACGGCGUCCUGAGCCGUUGAAGAUCAAAUAGUCGUCGCUUCAACGGGUCAGGGUCUCCCCGGGUCUCCGCCGGAAAGUACGAAGAACGGGCGCACCCCCUCCGGGGCCUCGAUUUGUCGGGGAUCCAACGGUCGUCGCUUCGGCAAGUCGAGGCCCGCGAGAGUGAACGUGGCCGGUUUUUCCUUCUUCUUCUACCUUUUAUCUUCUCCUUGUUCACACUUUCACACCCGGACGGUCGCUCGAGAGGGUCACCCCGAGGAGCCGGCGCGGUGCCGGAGUCUAAUCGUACCAAAAUCGCAUCAAUCGUCGCGGCCGUGUCCGCGCGCGCGUUCGAGGAUCAGUGAUAUAUCUCAAGAGGAGAGGAGUCUCGCAGUCGCUGAUGCAGACACGUUUCACACAGCCGGCGGAUCGCCGGGACACUCGUAGGAGGCAGCGGGAGGAGGAGGAGGAGGCCCACAAGCCGAAGACGUGAUCGGCGCGAUCAGCGCCUUGUAAAUAAAAUUCUAUCGCAGCGCGCGCGCCGUCCGCUGCGUAAUUCAGCUCGGUCGCUCUCGGGAGGAAUUCGCCUUCUUCCUGAUCCUGAUCUCCGUCGAACGAGCUGACGAACGGGAGAUUCUUCGCUCGGAGGAGCGAUCGCGACGGGGUCGAUUUCACGCGAGAGGUCGUCGUCGUCGUCGCCAGGAGAGCAUCGUCAUCGGCAUGGCAGAGAGAGAGAGAGAGAGAAGCGACUUCGGGUUACGGAGCGGACGCCGCGCCGAGAGUCGAGCCAAUACACACGUACACACACGAAGCCACGAAUACACACUAUUUUUUUAUACGUUUUAACGCUCUACUUCUUAACCACGCAUCUUUUUGUACUUGUAUAAAGGCUUUUUUGUAGAAAAAAAAUAAACAAAACGUCGCCACCGUUG